AUGGAAUCAUUGGUGGGGGAAAUUAUUGAAACAGACGAUAAAAGAGACAUUGAUUUUGCCAUUGGGAUUCUACAAGGGAAAGAAUCCUACGAUGAUUAUUUCACUUCAGAACCGUUGCCCGGUUCCAUUAUAGAGGAUAUAGCAGAGUACGAUGCUGAGAUAUCGAAACUUGAGCGUAAGCUCAAGUCAGAGUUGAUAGGAGAAAAGGAUACGUUAUUGAAUAUCUUGUUGUCUAGCAGUUGGAGCGAUACGCUGGCAGAUAUUUCAGAACAGAUAGAACAGUUAUGGGAAUUGAAUAAAGACGGUAUCAACGGAUCCGAAGAAAAGGAGAAGGAAAACGAGGAAUCUAAGAACUCUGAGGAAGUUGAUAUUGACACUGACUUAAACGAUGCGUUCCACGAAGCCUUGGAAAAGCUAAGGCAUUUACACUCUACUGAGCGCGACACCAGUCUUGUCACAGUGUUGAACAACAUCGAAAAGAUCAAUGGCAUAUUGGAACUGCCUACUUUGAUCUCGACCUGUAUCCGUACGGGUCACUACCAAGAAGUUCUAAUUCUAUACUCAUACACGAAGACUCUAGAGAAGAAGUUCCCUAAUUUCGAAUUGAUCAAGAUGGUUGUAAAGAAUAUUCAAGAACUAAUAUCGACGAAAAUGUUAAACGGGUUGGUGAGGUUACUUGCCACGAAUCUAACUUUAAGCUCGAUGAAAAAAAUCCUCUCGUACCUAGAAGCUUUAGAACCCUUCGAUACAAACCCAUCCGCGUUGCAGCAGUUACUACUGACUAUGAGAUACAAAUUCGUGACCGAGGAGAUAGAUUCGUACCGCAUCGUAGACACUACGGCAAAUUCCGUGAAAGAGAUGCUAAUCAAAAGGAAAAUCGAAUGCGUCAGAGAAUACGUUUACGGAACCAUUUCUGUUUUCAACUCUCUAUUCAAAUCAGAAUCAAAAUUGAUACACAUUGAACUGUUACUCGACGAUACUACAUCCAAGACUGCCCAUGACUUCGAAACGUCUCUUGCUCUAUUGAAAUUUAUAAACGAGUGUACCAAUUUCCUCAUAUCACAACUCGAAACCCAUAAAUCACACCUUACCGAGUCCGUCUGUUUACAACUAGUGUAUUGCUCUUUCAGACUGGCAGACGCAAAUCAAAACUUCCAUCACUUGUUCAUGAAUAAACUAUUAGAAUCAAACCUAUUUACAAAAGAUGCUCUCACAUCAGCAAUCACAAAGAGAGUAGAAUUGGCAACGAGGUAUUGA